AUGCCGUCGAACGGAGAUCUAGACCGUCAGAUCGAGCAGCUGAUGGAGUGUAAACCGUUAUCGGAGGCGGAUGUGAGGACGCUCUGCGAUCAAGCUAGGGCGAUCCUUGUCGAGGAAUGGAACGUUCAGCCCGUGAAAUGUCCUGUUACCGUCUGCGGCGAUAUUCACGGCCAGUUCUACGACCUUCUCGAGCUCUUUCGAAUCGGCGGUAACGCCCCCGACACCAACUACCUCUUCAUGGGAGACUAUGUAGGUCUGUCUUUCUCCAUCUCUCUUUGUUUUCUUAUUUUACUUUGGGAUUUCGACUCCUCUUUCGUUUUCUGGGUUUUACUUUUAGAUCUACGUUUUUGGGUGGUUUUUUGGAAAGUUAGCAUCUUUUUAAAAUUUCUCAAGUGA